UCCCGCUGUUCGUCUGGGCGAUCGGAUACCCGCAACGGGAGCACCGCAAGGGCGAACGGCAAGACGUCAGGUCCCUCCGGCACGCUGGGCAGAUCGUGCUUGAGACAGCUCGGAAUCUCGUUGAGAAGCGCUCGCACGCGUGGGAGAGAUGCGCCUCGAGGGCGAGGUGAUGGGCGGUGGAGUGCGGUCGAGAACGGUGCUUGUCACUUGUGUGACCCUGAGGAGUGCAGGUGCAGCAGGCGGGUGUUUGGUGUUGGAGCGAAUCUUCUGUCUGCGCGAGCGGAGUUAGUGCCAUGGGGCCGCCGCCUGAUUGGCCGGCCGCGCCUUAGCUCCGAUGAGCCCGCCAAGGCACAGGGCAGGGGCCGGCUGGCCAGCUGCAGCGCUGGCUGGCCCGACCUCGCAGGCACGGGAUCAGCGUUGAUGCAACAAUUCUGUGUACUACUGCUCUGUCAGGAGUAG